GGACCUCAGCAAAAACCACUCAUACACCAUAUAAUCAUUCAGUAAACCUUGAGGUUUUAGUUUGAGAAGAGGUAUUAUAUUCAAAAGUUUCUGACUAGAAGAAAAUGGAAUGAUUUGCAAUAAUAACGUUUGGAAAAAUUAUUUAUCAUUAAGAUUACAUCAUCACGCAUGAAGUAAAGUGAAUUAAGUACUUGCUGGAAAAUGUGGAAAAUGAAUGAAUUCAAAGAAGAAUAUUCCAAUGAUGAGUGGCGGGAUAUUUCCGCAGAAUUUCGUAGAGUUAAGGAGCACUACUUGGAUCAUGCUGGUGCUACUCUCUAUUCAGAGAGACAGAUUCAGGAAUGCUACAGAGAUCUUAGCCAGAAUGUCUAUUCCAAUCCACAUACUAGCAAAACCACUGAAGAUUUCAUAGACAUUGUGAGAUAUCGUAUUUUGGAUCACUUCAACACAGACUCAUCUGAGUAUCAUGUAAUCUUCACAUCAGGAACAACAGCAUCCCUUAAGAUUGUAGCAGAAACUUUUGAUUUUAGUGGUGAAAAUUCCCAAUUUCGCUACUUGAGAGAUAGUCACACAUCGGUGCUUGGAAUGAGGGAACUAGUUGGAGGUGCUCAGAUUAAUCAUAUUGAGAAGUCUGAACUUUUGUCAAUAUCAGAAGGACAGUAUGAACCUCUUCCACAUUGCGAUGACUCUAAAUCACUACUUGUCUUCCCGGCUCAAUGCAAUUUCAAUGGAUACAAAUAUCCUCUCGAUAUAAUUGAACGAUUUCACUCAAGGAAACUCCCAACUGAAUUUAAGAAUUCCGAAUGGUUUGUCUGCGUCGAUGCUGCCAGUUUUGUUGCAACAAACUACCUCAAUCUCCAAACAUUUAAACCUGAUUUUGUAUGCAUAUCAUUUUACAAGAUUUUCGGCUACCCAACAGGACUAGGAGCUCUCUUGGUGAGUAAAAGAGCAGAAAAUGUUCUUAAAAAGCGCUACUACGGCGGUGGUACGGUGAAAAUUGCAAUGAGCCAGCUAAAUUUUCACGAGAAGCGUGAUUGUCUACAUGAGCGCUUUGAAGAUGGAACUAUACCAUUCCUAUCUAUCUUAUCUCUACUUCAUGGCUUCAACACGCUGAAACGACUAAUUCCUCCUAAGAAUGGCGCAAAUACAAUGCAAAGAAUAUCCAAACAUACAUUCAAUCUUGCAAAAUAUUUGAGAGAUCGCCUAGCUGCUAUGAAGCAUCCAUCUGGCAAAGACGUCAUCAAAUUAUAUGCUGACACAGACUAUUCUACUCCCAAGUCUCAAGGAGGAAUUGUUAAUUUCAACAUACUCCACAGCAAUGAGAUGUUCGUUGGUUUCGCUGAAUUUUCAUGCAUGGCUGCAGUUUGCAACAUUCUAAUCAGAACUGGUUGUUUUUGCAAUCCUGGAGCAUGUCAGCGACAUUUGGAACUAUCAAAUGAUGUUGUUAGAGAACAUUUUCAGGCCGGUCAUAUAUGCGGUGACUCAAAUGAUCUGAUCAAUGGUAUCCCAACUGGAUCCAUUCGAGUUUCGGUUGGCUACAUGACUGGAAUAGCCGAUGUCAAUGCCCUCAUAAAUAUGAUCGAAAAAUGCUAUUGCCCCAUCUCCAAAAGAUACGUUGACGUCGAAUAUAUUUCGGAUGGGGAUAAAAAAAAUCCAGCAGUCAGUGAAGAAAACAUAAAACUGGAAAUGAUAUGCAUAUACCCAGUAAAGUCAUGUGGAGCCUUUAAGAUUUUCGAUAAAUGGCCAGUGACUUCGCAUGGAUUGCAGUACGAUAGAGAGUGGAUGAUAGUGACGGAGAAAGGGGUCGCUCUCACCCAGAAAACAAACACAAAAAUGUGCCUCAUUACACCCAGUAUUGAUCAGAAAGAGGGCAAAAUGACUCUUCACUUCCCUGAAAUGGAAAGCAUUUGCGUGGAACUAAAAGUAGAAAGCGACCAAAUAAUGCAAGACUUGAGCUUGUGCAAGAGUAAGGUAUGCGGAGAUCAAAUUCAAGGAUACGAUUGUGGGGAGGAAGUGGCGCAAUGGCUAGAGAGAGCUCUCGAUACCCCUGGAGUACGCCUAAUAAGGAAAAAUAGUGAAGAAAAGCGAUUUUUCCGCAAAAACGGAACAAAUGGCACAAAUGGUAUUAAUACGGAAUACUCUGAAAUAUCUCUGACAAAUCAAGCACAAUUUUUGCUGAUAAACUCCACGUCUGUCUCGUGGUUGAUGGACAAAGUAAAAGAUUGGGAGUAUGAAGAAAAUCGAGACGUUCUCCUGGCAGGCGUUGUUGAUCGUUUUCGUGGAAAUAUUGUGAUAAAAUCUUCAAAAUGCUUGGAAGAAGCAAAUUGGAAAGUUCUCAAAAUUGGACCGAUUCUAUUUAAGGUAGAUGGCCAAUGUACACGAUGCCAGAUGAUCUGCAUAGAUCAAGCAACAGGGGAGAAAACAACUGAACCCCUGAGGACAAUUGCAAAGGAAUUUAAAGGAAAGAUAAAAUUUGGCAUCUAUCUAUCGCUCCAUAAUAAUAAUUUAACAAAUUCAAACGUUCUCAGUUGCACCGAUAGAAUUGAAGUGAUUGAAAAAGCUACUGAAGAACACAUUCUGUGAUUGGUUGCUGUCGGAUGUGUCCUAAACUCUCGCCGUGAGUCUCUUUUUGGACAUUUAACGCCACAUCAUUAAAGUCAGGAAAUGCAAGGGUUGAUAAUUUGGAGUAAACAACCUUAUCAUUUAUCUGCACUUCGAAUGAUCCUGAAAGAAAAAUUUUAAAGCUAUAUAGUACAUUCCAGUACUGAGAGUACUAAGGGAUGGUCACGUUAUUUUGGAAACUCGGGGACUUUCAAGAGCAAUUUUCAAGCCAAUUUUUAAACCAAAAUUUUGAAAUCUGCUUGCACUCUUGUUAAAUGGCCAAACACUGAUAAGAAUUCAGUAUUUUUGAUUUAGAAAAUAAAUUUUUGUGUUCAAAAAAUUUAUUUGAAAUUCUCACAUUUUGGCCAUUUUGUUCCUGUAGAGUUUCCAAAAUAACGUGACCAUCCCUUACAACAAAUAUUAUGUGAUACCUUGUCUUCCUUUUUUACAUUUAACUUCCGCAUUGGGGACUAGUUUAUGAACUGUUUCUUGAAGUUCUUGGCAUCUUGCUUCGUAAUUGCAGAGUCCACUAAAAAACAAAGUUAUGAAAACAUAAUAUUGCGGUUGUUAUAUAAUAAAGAAAAAAAGAAAAAGAACAAAA